GCAGGCGCCGGAGAUGCGAUCAAUCUGACAGAAGUUCUCAUGACGCCAUAGCGGGGACUGCUGGAAAAUAUCUCAGUUGUUUGAAGUGAAAAUGGCAGUGGAGAAGCGCUUGGCAUUCUCUAUUGUGCAGUUCCUGCGAGAUCAAACACACUGUGGUGCUUUGAAUUCUGAUGAGCAGGAAAGCCUUGAAGUCGCCAUACAAUGUUUGGAGACAACCUUCAAGAUCAACUCCAGUGACUGUCAUCUCGCAGCACCACAACCUCUCACUGAAAUAUUCCUCAACUCUCUCCUCAAGAAUGACCAGAAUAACCUGGUGCUACCAGAGACAUCCCCAUCACCAGAAGACACAGAAAAGGCAGAACAGUUGAAGAAUGAAGGGAACAAUCAUAUGAAAGAGGAGAACUACAGCUGUGCGGUGGAGUGUUACACAAAAGCCAUCGAUUUAGACCUCCGAAACGCUGUCUACUUCUGUAACAGGGCUGCAGCACACAGUAAACUGGGGAACUACACAGAGGCAACGGGAGACUGUGAAAGGGCCAUAGGGAUCGACCCUAGCUACAGUAAAGCCUAUGGGAGAAUGGGAUUGGCAUUGACUGCUAUGAAUAAGUACCCAGAGGCCAUCUCCUACUUUAAGAAAGCUCUGGUUUUAGAUCCAGGGAAUGACACCUACAAAUCCAACCUGAAGAUCGCUGAGCAGAAACAAAAAGAGGCAUCCAGUCCUAUGGCUACGGGACUGGGAUUUGACAUGGCCAGCCUUAUCAACAACCCUGCCUUCAUCAGCAUGGCCGCCAGUGUGAUGCAGAACCAACAAGUGCAACAGCUUAUGUCAGGGAUGAUGUCCAAUGCGGUCGGGGGUCCAGCAGCAGGAGUGGGAGGACUGUCUGACAUCUCCAGCCUGAUUGAAGCUGGUCAGCAGUUUGCCCAGCAGAUCCAGCAGCAGAACCCAGAACUGAUCGAACAGCUGAGGAACCACAUCCGCAGCCGCUCCUUCAGUGGCAGCGCUGAGGAGCACUCGUGAUCCACACAGUGUACAUUUCAAUAGAGGAAGGGCAACCAUAUGUCGUGAUUACAAUCUCUACACCCAUUCCUUAAACUCACAUCACCGGCAGAGCUGGAAUGAAGAGACAGACGGAGAUGGGGACGAUGGCACUUUACUGGGACUGUAUCUUCAGAGAGGAGGGGAGAGAUGAGAAACAGUCUACACCUUCUACAUACCUAAUAAGAAGAGAGAGUAUCCAACACAUUCUAUGUAGAUACUCAAACAGGAAAUAGAGUAUCAACCACAUUCUAGACACCCGAUUAGUUUCAAAAACAUUCCCACCAAUCAGGAGAAAGAAUAUUCAGUUCGAGACCCAAUCAGGAGACAGUCUCAACUAAUUAUUCUAAAUAUCCAACCCAGUGCACAGCAAAUAUUUAAUCUUUCCUCAAUAAUGUUCCAUUCCAAAUGGAUUUCUGUGUUUUUCUAUAGUGUGUUGUAGUAGCAAUGUGGAAACCAUUUCCGUGUUCCUAUACUUUGGUAUAUUUUGUUGAUCCUUUGGUCCGCACUGAUUUCACUGAUCCAACAGAAUUGUACGCAGGAGAAUGCAGGGGUGUAUACAGUGAGGUGAAACAUUUAGAUAGAAAUUAAAUUAAUAGAGCUGAUAGGAUUCCCUAUUCUACAGUACCAGUCAAAAGUUUGGAAACACCUACUUAUUCAAGGGUUUUUCUUUAUUUUUACUAUUUUCUACCUUGUAGAAAAGUAGUGAAGACAUCAAAACUAUGAAAUAACACAUAUGGAAUCAUGUAGUAACCUAAACAUUGUUAAACAAAUACAAAUCUAUUUUACAUUUUAGAUUCUUCAAAGUAGCCACCCUUUGCCUUGAUGACAGCUUUGCACACUCUUGCCAUUCUCUCAACCAACUUCACCUGGAAUGCUUUUCCAAAAGUCUAGAAGGAGUUCCCACAUAUGUUGAGCACUUGUUGGCUGCUAUUCCUUCACUCUGCGGUCCAACUCAUCCCAAACCAUCUCAAUUGGGUUGAGGUCAGGUGAUUGUGGAGGCCAGGUCAUCUGAUGCAGCACUCCAUCACUCUCGUUCUUGGUCAGAUAGCCUUACACAGCCUGGAGGUGGGUUGGGUCAUUAUUCUGUUGAAAAACAAAUGAUAGUCCAACUAAGCGCAAACCAGAUGGGAUGGCAUAUCACUGCAGAAUGCUGUGGUAGCCGUGCUGGUUAAGUGUACCCUUGAAUUCUAAAUUACUCUGGGUCUUUCUUUCCUGUGGCGGUCCUCAUGAGAGCCAGUUUCAUCAUAGAGGUUGAUGGGUUUUGAGACUGCACUUACUUGAAGAAAUGUUCAAAGUUCUUGAAAUUUUCCAGAUUGACUGACCUUCAUCUUUGAAAUAAUGAUGGACUGUCAUUUCUCUUUGCUUAUUUGAGCUGUUCUUGGCAUAAUAUGGACUUGGUCUUUUACGAAAUAGGGCUAUCUUCUGUAUGUCACCCCUACCUUGUCACAACACAACUGAUUGGCUAAAACACAUUAAGGAAAUAAAUUCCACAAAUUAACUUUUAACAAGGCACACCUGUUAAGUGAAAUGCAUUCCAGGUGACUACCCCAUGAAGCUGGUUGAGAAAACGCCAAGAGUGUGCAAAGCUGUCAUCAAGGCAAAGGGUUGCUACUUUGAAGAAUCUCAAAUAUAAAAUAUAUUUUGGUUGGUUACUACAUGAUUCCAUAUGUGAUUCCAUAUGUGUUAUUUUAUAGUUUUGAUGUCUUCAUUAUUAUGCGACAAUAAUAGAACAUAGUAAAAAUAAAGAAAAAUCCUGGAAUGAGUAGGUGUGUCCAAACUUUGGACAGGCACUGUACAUGACAGGCAAUUAGAACUGUAUUGUGUAUAACAGAUACAUCUUCACGUUCUGUAACAUUGCUCCUUUCAGAACUGACCCCAGGAAUUGACUUAAAAUUGCUUUCAGUAAUUGCAUUGAGUGAAAGGGAGGAAGGAAUUAAGGAAGGAGAGAAAGGGAGGGAGGGACUAAUGAAGGACAGAAAGGGAGUUAAGGAAGGAGUGAAAGGGAGGAAUGAAUUAAGGAAGGAGAGAAAUGGAGGAAGUGGUUGUUCAGGAAGGAGUGAAAGGGAUAAAGGAUGCAUCUGUGAAGUAUUUGAACUGGGAGCACAUUCCUUUUUCUCAUGACUACAUGAGUUACACACACACACACACACACACACACACACACACACACACACACACACACACACACACACACACACACACACACACACACACACACACACACACACACACACACACACACACACACACACGACAGCAGGGUUACAUUGUUUCUAUCCUAUCAUGUUCAGACAGUUAUUUUUGUACCAAAUUAUUUGUUAUAGUUACUGUUGGAUGAAACAAAGACCCUAAGCCUUGAUCAUGUGGACCUCUAUCAUUGCUUUGAAUAGCAAUUAUCAGACUGCUAAUUUGAAGAUAAAAGAAAGUAUGUCCUUGAAAGUAUGUAUAGUGACCAUGUCUGCACCCCCUACCCUCACCCUGUAUUUACUAAUGAUUGGAACCAUAGCAAACACACAAAUAUGUCAAUGCCAUUUCUCUUUGGAUUCUAUUUCAUUUGACAUCACUGAAAUAAUGUUGAUAGUAUGGGACUUAUUCAGCCUUAUUGAUUUUGCAUGCUUUUCCAUCUGAUAUUUAUUGUCAGACACUUAAUUGAAGCUAAUGAAUAUUGUGUAAAACAGAGCAGCAUAAUGUUUGGUCAACAAAUAUACGUCUAAAUAAAAUGUCUUAAAAUGGA